GGGGGGGAUGUGUAAUGCUAGUAUAGUGAGGGCCAGUGGGCGGACUGAUGCCGCCUGGACUCCUUCCUCAUUCCCUCCCCCAGUCACUCCACCUGAACAAGAUCCUGUGUGCAGUCACACAGCCUGUUCUGUCCAAAUUUUAUUCAUGGGGAACUUUGGUGCUGCCUGGCUUCCGAAUGUGCCGUCACAGCUCCAGGCAUCUUUCAAGCGGCAUUGUUGAACAAGUCCUCCUCGACCACUUUCCAUAGCAAGGUAAGUUCUUACUUUCCUUCUCGCAUCGCUCCAGCGUACCCCUGACUCUAGUGAGGGAUGCACAAGCGGAGAAUCGAAUGCGGAUCUUCCUGAUCUCCUUCACGCCAACCACUCGGCCACUGUGACAUGCUACCUUACUGAUGCUACAAAUGUUAACGUAAUUCAUGAAAUUAGCCACCGCCAUUAACUUAAGUACAGUCCAAUGAGUAAUAUGCAUAUGCUACCUGGUGUUGGCGUGCUAGCACACACAGCAGCCUUGAAUAAUAUUAAUAAUAAUCAAUGGUUUUUUAUCCAUCAGUCUGACUUUUUCUUUCUUUCUUUGCGUUUGUGCAGCCCUACUUUUGGGGUCUAUUUAGCACUGACCUUUGGAUGACCUUCACAUUUGACAACUUUUACUUUCCACUCUAUUGUAUUUUUAUUGCAAUACUGCUUUAUUCGGUCACAUGCUUAUACGUGGGUCUCUUUGUCACCCUUUCCAGAAUGAACACAAGAUGUGGACGCUACAUACGUAAACUGAGACACAGGUGUUUCCUGUUUUCUGUGUCCCUGGUGGCGGUGUAUCUGGUCUACAUCAAAGUGAGCGUCUACAUGCACCCUUACGGAGUCUUUUUCAGCCUACCUGGACUUCACGGCCACCGCUAUGACGUCAACUGCAGCGCUAUCUACGAGCUAGACCCCGUGGAAAUCGGCAAAGCUCUUCAAAUGAAACAAAAAGUCCGUGUUGACGUGGACGACGACAGCACCGUCAGUCUGACUUCCGACUGUCAGACGUUUCUCCAAAGGAGAACGUAUGAUGGCACUCCGGUAUCAGAGGUCGAGCACAGCUUCCCGCUGGCCUACUCCUUGGUGGUGCACAAGAAUGCACCCAUGGUGGAACGCAUCCUUCAUGCCAUCUAUGCACCUCAAAACAUCUACUGUCUGCACUAUGACCAAAAGUCCUCUCCAGCAUUUAUUACAGCCAUGAAGAACCUUGCUCGGUGUCUUCCCAACGUCUUCGUUGCCUCCAAACUGGAGUCUGUGGAAUACGCCCACAUCAGUCGACUCCAUGCCGACCUCAAUUGCCUCUCUGACCUGCUCAGGUCAGCGGUCAAGUGGGAGUACGCCAUCAACCUCUGUGGCCAGGACUUUCCUCUCAAGUCCAACGCUGAGCUGGUGUCGGAGCUGAGGCAGCUGAAAGGCGGGAACAUGCUGGAGUCCAGCCGGCCCAGUCAACUCAAGAAGCAGCGCUUCAGCUUUAAGCACGAGCUCAGGAAUGUGCCUUACGAGUACCGCCGUAUUCCUGUGAAAACCACGGCGGCCAAAGGUGCUCCUCCUCACGCCAUCAUGAUGUUCACUGGGAGUGCGUAUUUUGUGCUGUCCUGGAAUUUUGUGAAUUACAUCAGCAGCAACCAAGUGGUGAAGGACUUUCUGGCAUGGUCAGCGGACACUUACUCCCCCGAUGAACACUUUUGGGCCACUCUGGUCAGACUUCCAGGGGUGCCAGGACACAUUUCCAGAUCAGAACCGGAUGUUAGUGACUUAAAGAGUAAAACGCGACUUGUGAAGUGGAACUAUUUGGAAGGAACUUUGUACCCACCCUGCACGGGCACGCACAUGCGCAGUGUUUGCAUCUAUGGAGCUGCAGAACUCCACUGGCUCCUCCAUCGUGGCCACUGGUUUGCUAACAAAUUUGACCCCAAAGUGGACCCCAUCGUGAUACAGUGUUUGGAGGAGAAGUUGAUGGAAAAACGCUACGCCACGGCCAAAUGACGCUAAUUUGAUCUCCAACGUAAAUAGGAAUGA